AAUGAGCACUUUGACAGUUAUGAGUACACAUCGCAGCGUUUGUUGCUGUUAUUUCUAAAUUGUGAAUAAAUCAUUGAAAAUGAAUAAACAACCGGAGCAGGUAUUUAUUGUAAAUGCUGCCCCGACUCAACCCUCGAGUUCUCCACCGAAACUGUUGGGAGUGGAAGUGUCGGACACCUCACAGGUGAACCUUGAGAAUGUAGAGGACUUCUCGCACGUAUGUCGGAUAUGUGCCACCAUCACAGAGUUUGUCAUACCCAUAUUCUCCGGGGAGGGGCUGCAGAACAACCUAGCUGAUAAAAUUCAUAAGCACUUACCAAUAAAGGUAUGCGCGACGGACACCCUGCCGGUGGUGGUGUGCUACCAGUGCGCGAGCACGCUGCUGGCGUGGCACGAGCUGGUGCAGUGCUGCGUGCAGGCCGACGCGGCGCUGCGGGCGCGUCUCGACGCCAUACAACAGAAAUCGACAGCCCAGGUUAUAACCGACACCCCCAGUACAGAAGACGACGCACUAAGCAAGGCGGAGGCGCGGCGGCGCGAGUGCGCGUACUGCGGGCGCUGGGUGGCGGCGGCGCAGUACGAGCGGCACGCGGUGGCGGCGCACGCGGCGCUGCUGUUCCACUGCGCCGAGUGCGGGCGCUGCGUGCCGCGCAAGCACUUCAUGCCGCACAUGGCGCUGCACGCCGUGCGCUACGACAAGCACGACCCGCCCGGCCACCUCGCGCAGACCAUACCCGCCGCCCUGCACGACAUGCGCCUCUCCGACAUUACACUCACGCCCGAGAAUGACUUCUCAGAUCACAGCGACACGGAGUAUGGCUUCGGACCGCUCCCCGAAUCAGUGUUUGAUGCUAUAGAGGACUCGCAAGACAGUCAGCCCUUUGAAGACGAUGAUGAACACAAAAAACCUUUGCAAAACAAUAUCGAAAUUAGCAAUAUACGCGACACAACUUCCAGCAUUGGAACCAGUGUCCUCAACGGGUGUAUUAUGAGUACUGGCGUGUUAUCCGACAUGAGUACCGUGAAUUCUACCUCCCAGACAGAUGACAACAGUGAUACAGACGUCGAAAUAAGCUGCGCCGCAGUAAAGACUGAAGACGGCAAGAAGAGCCACAACAAGAAGUCUCGCAAGUGCCCCAUCUGCGGCAAGGAGUACACGGCGUCCUCCAGCUACUUCUACCACAUGAAGUACUUCCACAAGGGCAGCCGCGAGCACGGCUGCCAGGUGUGCGGCAAGCGCUUCGGCACCAGGUCCUGCCUCACGCAGCACAUGGCCGUGCACUCGGAGCAGUACGAGUACGAGUGUCAGCAGUGUCAUAAGCGGUUCAAAUCUAAAGCGAGCCUGUACAUCCACGGGCAGACGCACGGCGGCAAGAAGGCGUGGUCGUGCACUGAAUGCGGCGCCGCGUUCCGCUGGCGCGCGUCGCUGGCCCGGCACGCGGCGCGGCACGGCGCGGCGCGGCACGCGUGCGGGGCGUGCGGGCGCGCCUUCGCCGUGCGCGCCGACCUGCUGCGCCACGCGCGCACGCACGCCGCCGCACAGCUGCGCUGCUCCAAGUGCGCGCAGACAUUCGCGCAGCCGAGGUACUUGAAGGUGCACAUGGCGAAACAGCACUCCAUCAAUCUUGUCAAUGAAUCCCUCUAAAGACUGACUAGUAUUUUCAACCGAAUUCCCAAAAGGAGAUUCACAUUUCGGAUGUUUAUUGUUUUUUGUUUUUGUUAUUUUUGUAAUUACCUAAAUUAAGUUUAGAAAGUUGUAACAUGUAAGGACUUGAAAUUAUGUAUGAAUCGUUUUUUUUUGCUAUAUGUAUGUCUUGGUAACUUGUAGCAAUCCAAAGUGAUAGAUUUCUAUGAUAUAGCAG